GUUAUUUUUACAGUGACAUAUGUUUUUUAAUUUAUGGUCGUCAUUCAAGGUAUUAAGUUUGUGUUAAUUUCGUUCUCUUAGUGGUUUUUUCACCUCCUAAUGAAAAAUGCCGCUUAUCAAAGAAAUCAGUAAAUGCCGAAGGAUACCAAAAGAGAAACAGUCUUUGGGUAGUGAUCAAUCCAUCGAUGAUGAGGAUUCCGAAAUUGACGAGGAAUUUGUUAAAAUGAAGAAGUUUUUCAAAGAGUCUAAAGAUAAGAAGUUUAUAAGAAAACUUAAAAAAAAAAUUAAGGAAGCUUUAUCAAAAAAACAAAGCAGUGACUCCUCAGAACCUUCAUCAGGCAAGGAGUAUGGCAAAGUCGAAUAUCCUGAACCUCUUCCUAAAAUGGAUAUGAACAAGAAGCCUGGAACAUUCGAGCUGAAUUCCAAUAAGAAGCCUGGCCUUGGCAGUCUUUUGAGUGGUAAAAACAAGCCUCUAUCUAAGCCUUUGAAGAAGAUUGAAGAUUUAGGAAAGACUACAACUGACAGAAGCAACAAUAAUCCUUCUAGUUCGUUGAAUCGCAUGUCUGUCCAACAUAGUAAGAAUUGUAAGAAAGAUGAUAAGCCAACCAAUAAGAUGACUGAAUCUGACAACAAAAAUAAUGAUAAGACGAAAAAAGAGCCUAAAAAGAAUGUUUACGAUGUUCCUCUAAGUAAAAGUGACCGAGAUCUUACUAAGAACGAAGUAGAAGCUAUGAUCAGGACGGUGUUGAAGCAGUCGAGGGAGGAAGGUGGUAAUGCGGAUGACAUCGAUGACGUUUCCUUAGGAGAGACCGAGAGUACUCCCAGUUGCGAUGAUCUUGACCUAGGUAAGGACCCAGAAAUGUCUUCAACUCCUGAUGAUCUAAGUAGCGAAACAUUAUCUGAAGACGAGGACAAGAAGUUUGUAUAUUGAUGGAUUUAUUGGAAGUUGGAAGUUGGAUUGGUUGUAGGGAUGACUUUCUACCGCAAGUUUCAUAUUUAAUUGAGCCAUAACAUCAAUUUCUUCAGUGGUUUUGGUGUUAGAAAUAUAUUACCGUAAGAGCCGAAUUGUUGUAACUAGUUUACUAUUUGUAAAUAUACACCUUGAAUGACAGUCAUUAUUCAAUUUUUUAGGACUAGUUGAAAGUAAAUUUGUAAUUUGUUUACUGUAUUACCAUGUCUUUGCACAUCAGUGGUAACAUAGCUUAUUUUCGGUAAUGUAGAUCUAAUUUUAACAACGUAUUUCAGCUCAUACAGUUUCUAAUUUAUAGUGAAAUGUUACAAACAUGUAAGAUGUGCAGAUUGACUUAAUUAUAAUGCUAAUAAAUAUAGUUUUUAAUAUUGAAGCUCAUUCUAUAGAAUUAUCUUGUACUCCAACAGGUUCUCAUAAUAACCAUAUUAAGGGUAAUAUAUAAUGGUCUGGAAAAACUAAUCUAUAGAAGAGUUGGAUAAGAUACUCCCAGUAAUAAUAUUUUUUAUUUGUGAAUUUACCAAUAAGAUCAAUUAUGUAUGUCCAAAUUGCUCUCAAUAUAUUUAUAUUCUAGA